GAGGAUCACAGACUUUUGCGCAAGGUCGACCGCAGACUUCUGCCUGUUUUCACUCUGCUUUACCUCCUUAGUUUCCUGGAUAGGUCAAACAUCGGGAAUGCGAAACUCGAUGGAAUGACAACUGAUCUCGGUGUAUCUGCUGCUAGUUAUAACACCGCUUUGGCCAUAUAUUUUGUCGGUUAUAUUGUUUUCGAGAUCCCUGCCAAUGUAUGUGCCGCAAAUUUCAAUUCACUUCUUCAGCUAACCUCAUUUCCCUUAGAUAAUGAAUCUAACUUGUUAUCGUCGCUGUGCAGACUGAAGAACUGUAAUCCACAAGUCUGGCUCCCGUCAUUGACUCUUGCCUGGGGUAUCGUCUCUAUCGGCCAGGGUCUUGUCAAGAACCAAGCCGAAUUAUUUGGAAUCAGAUUCUUACUUGGUGCCACGGAAGCUGGGCUGUUUCCCGGUGUGAUAUACGUCUUCUCAGUAUAUUACCUGAGACGCGAGCGGAGUUGGCGAGUUGCAAUUUUCUUCGGUGGUUCGGCAUUGGCGGGGGCAUUUGGAGGAAUAUUUGCGUAUUGCAUUGGAUUGAUGAAUGGUGUGGGCGGAAAAAGCGGUUGGCAAUGGAUAUUCAUUCUUGAAGGAUUACUGACAGCGGUCAUUUCCCUUAUCGCAUAUUUCAUUGUGCCCACUUGGUCCCACAAGGCCAAAUUUUUAUCUGAAACAGAAAAAACGCGCCUGCUAGAUAGAUUGCGAGCAGAUUCUGAUGCGGGGACUGACCAAACUUUCAAAUGGUCGUCCGUCGGAGAUGCUUUUAGCGAUCACUUAGUCUGGGCAUAUGCAUUCCUCUUCCAUGGAUUCUCUUUUGUACUGUACUCGCUCAGCCUUUUCCUGCCUACAAUCAUCGCGGGACUCGGGUUCGAGACAUGGCAGGCUCAACUGAUGACCGUCCCCCCGAAUGUACUCGCAAGCUUCUCAAUAUGGACCACAGUAUAUUUCUCAAGCAAGUACAAUGCAAGAGCGCCGUUUAUCAUAGGAGCUGCAAUUGUAUCCAUCAUUGGAUAUAUCCUUCUCAUCACUUGCACGAAACCCGGUCUUCAAUAUUUUGGAGUACACCUCGCAGCGGCCGGCGUGUAUACAGGCAAUUCGCUUCUUCUGAGUUGGCCUGGGGAGAACGUUUCUGGUCAGGCUAAACGUGCAGUUGCGGUAGCCCUUCAAAUCAGCGUCGGCGAUAUCGGAGCGAUUGCAGGCUGUCUGAUCUACAGGCCCACACUGGCCAGUCACCUGUACCGCACACCCAAUCUUAUAGCCAUCGGCUAUCUCCUGUUCGCAAUCGUAAUGACCACAUAUUUGUGGGUCAUGAUGAGUAUGGAGAACAAGAGGCGAGAUCGUUUAUUGUCAAAGGGCGAAUCAAAGGAUGAAACCGAGGAAGAGAGAAUCAGGUUGGGUGAUCGUUCUGUGCGCUACAGAUACCGAAUUUGAGCAGAUUGCUACAUGUCAUCUGAACAUCCAUUAAACGACUUUCCAGAAGGAAUAUAACGUAGUGGGUAGUGUGAUGCGAUGCGAUAUUAGUAUGUGCGUAACGUGCGGCGAGCACGCGUAUAAUGAUAUAAACAUAAUGGACAGACUAAAAGCUACGUGGUCACACGGCGCCUCUUGUUAGCGCGUGUUGUCCGUUCCCGAUAUUCAUCAUCACCAUCAUCUUCGGUGAAGUAAUCAUCUUCCGCUGCGUCUGGGCCAUAAAGUUGCUUCCGCUUAUCUAGGUCAAGUUUCCGUAGAGAGCGAAGAUUGACCAUCAAUGAUUUAUGAAACUCGCUCUAAAUUUGGACGUCUGUCAGACAAGGGCCAGGUCAAGAGAGGGUGAAUGACUACCUUUGCAACGCGACG